AUGGAGUCUGCUAGGCCAGUGGACGAGGCCAAAGUUCUCGUCGUCUACACAGGCGGGACAAUCGGAAUGCUUGUUGGACAGCACGGUUACGUACCGGAGCCAUACUUUCUCACUGAGACCCUUCGGAGCCAGAACCGCUUCCACGAUCCACUGCAGGACUCGCUGUUCUCGAACGCCGGAUCCGUGCAAGGUUUCAGAGAGUGGAGUGGCAGGUCAAGCCCUAUUGGCGAACCACUCACUCCUACGGCAGACCAUUCAGUGAGAACCCUGCUCGUGAGGUCUUCUCGGCCAAUCGGUCAUACCUCUUCCCUCAACACGUCUCCCAUCAAUCCCUUACACCUGAGGAAUCAACCAAGAUGUACACGCGUCUCGGAAAACGUCUAUGAAGCUCAUCUGCCGACUCUCGUUACGCCUUGUAGCAGAGUCCCUGGCGGCACUUCUAACAAGUCCAUCCGCUAUGCCAUUUUGGAAUGGAACCCUCUCCUGGAUAGCAGUAAUAUGGACAUUGACGACUGGAUACGUAUCGCAACGGAAAUCGAGCUGAAUUAUGCCAACUUCGACGCCUUUGUCAUCUUGCAUGGAACCGACACGAUGGCUUACACUGCAAGCGCCUUGGGAUUCCUGCUAGAAGACCUAGGAAAGACGGUGAUAUUGACCGGUGCCCAAAUUCCGCUAUCACAGCUCAGAAAUGAUGCAGUGGACAACCUGAUGGGAGCUUUGACAAUCGCUGGUCAUUACAUUAUCCCAGAGUGCUGCUUAUACUUCAAUCACACGUUAUUUAGAGGAAAUAGGGUGACGAAAGUGUCGUCUUACGAUCUCUCUGCCUUCAACAGCCCCAACUUCCCCCCUCUGGUAAAUGUCGGAAUCGACAUUGUCGUUAACUGGAACGAUGUUAUUCGUCAAACUGGUCUCAGGAAAUUCAAAGCUCAUAAACAUAUGAGUCCUCACGUUGCCACUUUACGACUCUUCCCUGGCAUCUCUGGAGCAACAAUUAGAGCAUUUUGCGGGCCGCCAGUUCGCGGUGUCGUUCUGGAGACCUUUGGCGCGGGAAAUGCGCCACAGCGCCCGGAUGUCCGCGAGGCUCUCAAAGAAGCUUGCGGUCGCGGAGUCGUUAUCGUCGCCAUAACUCAAUGCUCGAAAGGGACCGUUUCGGACGCGUACGAGACUGGACGAACGCUGCUGCAAUCUGGCGUGGUUCCUGGAAGUGACAUGACGCCCGAGUGUGCACUCUCAAAAUUGGGCUAUCUCCUAUCCAAGGAGGAGCUCUCAACCAAGGAAGUUCGAGAGUUAAUUGGAAUACCUCUUCGUGGCGAACUGACCCGCGCAACGGGGGCGGCCGUCCAAAACCCGACCAUCGAUCAAAACAUCGACCACAUCCAGCAGCUGCUCUCACAGUUCGUGAAGCUCGCACGUCCUCAGACUUCUGUUCCACAGAUCAGCAUCACGACGGACACAGUCGACUCGACCGCGCGCGACGCUGCGGCACCGUGGUCAUGGACGGCAGCAGAGGCGUCUACGACAGAGGCGGUAUUAUUCCCCUUCCUCAUCCAUCUUGCAGCGGCGAAAGAUGAUCUAGAAGGUCUGAGCUACUGCCUUAAGCCCGUCGAGUCAGAAGAUGUCUCAGAGACGUUGACGCUGGGCAAGAUCCCGGGUGGGAUCGUCAAUUGCAUCGACGCUGGUUCUGGAAGGUCUCCUCUACACGUCGCCGCCUUGAAUGGACAUACUCGCUCUGUCGAGUUGCUACUUCGUUCUGGUGCCCUUGUGCAUCUCAGAGACAAUCUGGGACACACGGCGCUCUACCUGGCUGCGAGGCAAGGGCAUGACGCUGUUGUUGAGGUCUUGGUGCAAGCGGGUGCAACCCUCGGAGGCUCCGACCAGCACUUCGCCGACGCCCUCGCUAAAGAUGCCAUUCACAACAACGACCAGAACUCGCUGCGAAUUUGGAUCAAACUCGGAUGGAAGGCGAGCCCUGAGCCAUAG